AUGGCUCCGAGUACGAGAGGUUGGCAGAUGAUCGAGAUCAUCGCGGCAUUGGUUGCUCUAUGCUUAAUCUCGGUGGUGAUGCGUGUGGUGGCUCGUCUCAAGAGAAGAGUUGGACUAGGCGUGCAUGAUUAUCUCAGUAUUCUGUCCAUGGUAUUAAUGAUCGCUAUGUUAACUGAGCUGUGUCUAUGGUGUUCAAUUGGAGGCAAUGGUGCCCACGUCAAGACCCUCGAUGCCGAGGCCAUGAUCAACUACUGGAAGGUAAAUCUUCCUAGCCAACCAAUUCACAUAUUUUAUCCUUGCCCGGCCAUCAAAAUCUCAAUCAUAUGUUUCUACCGCCGCGUCUUCACCACCCCCAAAUUCCAGACUUGCACCUUCGGCCUAAACAUUCUCAUCGGCGCCUGGGGCCUAGGGAUCUUCCUCGCCUGUGCCGGCCAAUGCCGCCCCCUCCGCGCUUACUGGGACAGCAGUGUGCUAGGCAAAUGCUUCGACGCCAACAAAUUCUUCAUCGUCAACCAAGCCUUCAACGUCCUGAUGGACUUCAUAAUACUAAUUCUUCCAAUUCCAAUGAUCUGGAACCUCCACAGUGCCUGGCAAGAUAAACUCGCCCUAACAGGCGUCUUUGCACUCGGAGCAUUUGUCUGCUUCGCCUCCAUAUACCGCAUCAUCGUCCUAUUUUGGAUCUCGCCUUCAGACCCAACAUAUACCGUCUACCAAGCAACCCUAGGACGCACAUUGAACCCGCAGUCGGACUCAUCUGCUCCUUCGAAUCGCAGCAACGGCCCGUACCAUAUCAAUACGGACAUCAGUCAGUCAAACAUUCUUUCAAAAUCUAGCCCUCACUCGCCGGAUGUGGAGUAUGUGAAGAUGGAGGCGGGAGCUUACGGUGCGACUAUUGACAGAAUGCAUGGACAAUUCCUGGGUGAUGAUUUGCAUCCGCUCAAUGUCAAGGUGCAGACUGAUAUUGCGAUGACUCCAGACAAUGAGUCUGUCUCAUCGUCUAUGCAAGAGGCUUUUACACUGAGAGAUCUGAAUUAA